AUGGCCUCUGACCUGAUUACCUGUAUUGGUUCUGCAGUAGAUGAUCUGCAGUUCCUGGUGGACUCGGGUGUUGCUAAUUUAAAUUCGGGAAUCAAGUUGCUGAUGUUCAAGUUAAGGAAUAUUAGAACAUUUCUUUUCUCCGCCAAGAUCUUGAGCAAUGACGAUCCAACUCUCGGAUCUCUUUUGCUAGCCAUUGAAGAUUUUGUUUGUGACAUUGCGAAACGAUUUCACACCGCGUGCCUUUUUCUGUGUGGUGAAGCAACUAGUGAGCAAUUUGAUACCGAUAUUCUUGAUCCUGAUUCAGAGGCCGGGUUCGGGGAAGAUUUUACAACUUGGGACGAACAAAUAAGUGAAUUCUAUGUCGUUAUCUUGGAGGAUAUCCAGAGGCAAUCAUUCCGUCUCUCGGCGGAUUCAGUUUCGAGUAUCAUGGUUUCUGUACUUCAGAAUCUAGAGGCGUUCCACAGCUUGGAAUGGGAGGCUAAUGGUGAAAUUCUAGGAGAACCCAUGAAAGCAUUGGAAGAGCAGAUGAAGUUGUUGAGAAAUCUCGCCGCCUUUGUGUCGCGUGCUGUUGAUUCCGAUGCUUGUAAAGAUUUAUGUGCGCAUGUUGAAGUUUUUUCUAUCAAUGCUGCAUUUCUCCUUUUCAGGUGUGAUCCUGAAAAGUGUGAUGAAAGUAUUUGUGGCGAAAUGCUGUUAUGGAUUUCGGUGUUGAUACAGCGUAUCAUGCCCGUUGAUCCUCAGGUCUAUAACACUUACACUGAGGUCCUGAAUAGCUCAAAGUCAGGGAGGAGAUCUCUUGCUCCUGCUGAUCGAGACGUGGGCGAAGAGGAGAAUUAUGCAAGACAAUUCCUUGAAUCUCUCAUGUCUAAUGUUUUGGAGAUGCCACAACUCUGUGCUCAUGCAGUUUCUAUGCUGGAUCAACUCCAACAACUUUAUGACGGACUUGGAUCCUUGAGAACCAUUCUUUCUCACCAGCCAAACAAGUUUGAUUUGGAAACUAAAGACCACAUUUUCGAUCUGGUAUGUGAUGCCGCGGUUUUGAAUUUCACAUCACACCAAACUCAUGUAAUAAAAGAUCAUGAACUUCAACAUUUGUUGAACGCAAUCAGCAGGCUGAUUGCUGCUGAGCUGAGGGAAGAAAGUGCGACACCAGAAUCAAUGUUCAACAUUGUUCCAACCACUGCUCCAUUGUCUUUUGUUGAUUUUUUGUUGGAAAAGCUGGAGGAGCUGACAAGUUGUGAAGCUGAAACAAAUUCAAGGGGAUAUCCCCAAAUUAUUAAAGAUGAACUUGUCUUCUUGAGAUCUUUCAUGGGAGAUAUUGCUGAGCUACGCCAUGAAAAGAAGGAGCUCCAAACUCUGUGGGAUCAUACUAUGGAGCUGGUUUACAAGGUAGAGCAUCUCAUUGACUACCUAGUAGUUUGUGAUCUUUCAGAUUCCUUUGUAGCAUCAUUUGAUUCCAUCAUGAAACUUUUCGGGAGCAUUAAGAUGGAAGUUGAAAUCUGGAAAUCAGAAAUCACUCUCCAGAGAUUAACCAUGACUCAUUGUGCUGUGCCACCUCAAAGAACUCUAUCAUUACAUAAUGAUGUUGUCGGCUUUCUUGACGAAGCAGAAUCCAUCACAAACCGGCUCACACGGGGCUCAAAGAAAUUACAGAUCGUGGCUAUUGUAGGUAUGCCGGGACAAGUACAGAUUGUGUGGCGCAGUUUAAAAAGAAUGAGAUAUCUCAUUCUUUUGGAUGACAUUUGGGAAGCUGAAGCAUUGAGUAGCUUGAAAGAAGCUUUCCCUGAUGAUCAUACGGCAAGUAGAAUCAUGCUGACAAGUCGUCAUCAUGAUAUUUCCACCAGUGCAGAACCUCACAUGCUUAGGCCAUUCAAUGAAGACGAGAGUAUGGAUUUGUUACAGAGGAAGUUAUUUGGUGGAAGUGGUUGGCCGGCUGAAUUAGUUGAUCUUGGGAUAGAAAUUACUGAAAUUUGCAAGGGAUUACCUCUGACAAUCGUAAUUGUAGCUGGUGUUCUAGCAUCGACACAGACAAAAGGUUGGAGGACGAUUUUAGGUGGUUUAAGAUCAGGAACAAUCUCGAGUACAGAACAGUGCUGGAACACAUUGGAGCUGAGUUACAAGCAUUUACCAGAGCACUUAAGGCCUUGCCUUCUGUAUUUUGCAAUGUUUCCUGAAGAUGAAGAGAUUUCAGUGAGGAAAUUGAUUUCUCUAUGGGCAGCUGAAGGAUUUAUCCGGAAAGAUGAGACUAAACGCAUUGAAGACAAAGAUGAGACGGAACAUUUUGAAGAUGUUGCUGAAGAAUACUUGAAACAUUUGGUUGGUAGAAGUUUAAUUUCAGUUGCCAAACAAAAGUCCACCGGUGGAGUGAAAGCCUGCCGCAUCCAUGACUUGCUUCAUGAAUUUUGCUUGCAUAAAGCCAAAGAUGGAUGGUUUUUCUCUAUUCUACCAGACAUGGAUAAGUUGUCCUUCCUGGCAAUUCGAGGCUGUAUGCCGGACAUCCCAUUAUCAAUAGGUAACCUCUCUAAUCUGGAAACAUUUAUUCUAAAUCAUUUAGCAGAGAACAAGACUGUUUCAUUGCCAGAUAGUUUUUGGAAUCUCCAGAAGUUGAGGUAUUUUUACAUGACUUGUCAAGUUGGUGUUUUCCCCAUGGAGAAUAGUGCCAACUCAUCGGAUUUAUGUGAGUUGGAUUGGCUUUCUGGUAUAGCUAUUCCUUGUCAUCCACAUGACAUGGAACAGUUACUACUGAAGUUUCCAAACAUCCGGAAGUUAAAAUGCACCCUUUUAAAAUCUCCAAAAAUGCUAAUAAAUCAUGUCAAGAUUGUAGUCCCGCAGAUUUUGUGCCAGCUAGAAUCACUUAGUAUAUCUCUGUCCUAUGAUGGAGUAACUCACAGUGAGUUUAGUUUGCCUGCAAAUCUCAAGAAACUCACGCUGUCAAACUUUCCGUUGUCUAGUAGCAGUCUAUCAACCAUUUCUAGAUUGUCAAAUCUAGAAGUCCUCAAAUUUGAAGAUGUGCACUUCAAAGGAAACACAUGGGAAAUGGAAGAAGCAGAAUUUUCCAAGCUUAGAAUCUUGCAAUUGACAUCCUGGUGUCUAUUGUCGUGGACUGCUUCUGACGAUCAGUUUGACCUUCUUGAGAAGCUGGUGUUGGUGAGAUGUGGAAGUUUGAAAGAGGUGCCUUCUUAUCUAGACUAUAUUCCAACGGUUGAAGUGAUCGAGCACAGGUAUUGUUCGAAGAAAGUAAUGGAAUUAGUAGGAAACAUUAAGGAAGCACAAGAGAACUACGGAAAUUCAGAGCUGAAGAUCAUUAAUGUCAAAUCAGGCUGA